GCCGCCGUAGGCGCAAAGACUGCUGGGAAGUCGGUCCCAGCCGAAAGUCGGCUGUGCGUGUGUGGGUCUGGGCUGUCAGUCACAGCAGUUUACCCCGGCGGUGGAAUUGCAGACUGGGUCCCAGCCACCAUGAACGACUUUGAGCUAAUUGAGUACUUUAAUUCCCAAAUGAAAGAAGAUCCUGACGUGGCUUCUGCUGUGGCUGCCAUUCGAACUUUACUUGAGUUUCUAAAGAGAGACAAAGGGGAGACAAUUCAGGGUUUGAGAGCAAACCUCAAAAAUGCCAUUAAAAUUCUGUGCAGUGUAGAUUCUUCUGUGGCAGUCUCCUCGGGUGGAGAACUCUUCCUUCGCUUCAUCAGUCUCACCUCGCUGGAAUACUCAGAUUAUUUAAAGUGUAAGAAGAUCAUGAUUGAGCGAGGAGAACUCUUUCUCAGGAGGAUCUCACUUUCAAGAAGUAAAAUUGCAGACCUGUGCCAUACUUUCAUCAAAGAUGGAGCUAGGAUAUUAACUCAUGCCUACUCGAGAGUGGUGCUCCGAGUCCUGGAGGCAGCAGCUGCAGCCAAGAAACGCUUCAGUGUGUAUAUCACUGAGUCCCAACCAGACUUAUCUGGGCAAAAAAUGGCAAAAGCACUGAGCAGUUUGAAUGUUCCAGUCACUGUGAUUUUAGAUGCUGCUGUUGGCUACAUCAUGGAGAAAGUGGAUCUUGUGAUUGUUGGGGCUGAAGGCGUUGUUGAAAAUGGAGGCAUUAUUAACAAGAUUGGAACCAACCAGGCAGCUGUGUGUGCCAAAGCACAGAACAAGCCCUUCUACGUUGUGGCAGAAAGUUUCAAGUUUGUGCGACUCUUUCCUCUCAAUCAGCAAGAUGUGCCAGAUAAGUUUAAGUACAAAGCAGCUACACUAAAGUCUGUUGGAACUGACCAAGAUCUGAAAGAAGAGCACCCCUGGAUUGACUACACUCCGCCUUCCUUAAUCACAUUGUUGUUCACAGACCUGGGGGUACUAACACCCUCGGCAGUUAGUGAUGAACUCAUCAAGCUUUACCUUUAGCUGCCCUGUACCUGCCACCUGGCUCUUUGACCGACACAUUUACCAGGAGCACAGGGUGAUGAGCCAAGACAAAGUGGCAUCAACCAAACUUAAAAGGACAACUGACUGUUUCAGUCCAACAAGCAUCGCUUGUACUGGUUGGCUUUCCUGCAUAAGACAUACAGCGCAUUUACAAGAAUGAUGGUUCUGAAGGCGCAAGAUCAUCAUAAAUGGCAGUUUGUUUUAAAAUACAUAAAUGAAGAGAUUCAGGGCUGAAACCAUGCUAUAUAUGCUGAAAGUACAUUUUUGAAUAAAAGUUUCAAAAUGUACAGACAAAUCCUCAAAUACCUAUUUUUGCUUAUUUAAGACCUAUCUAAAUUGAAUUUAUUUUCCCUUCACUCUGGAACUAAAUUGACCUUGAGGUUUCCAUAUAAAAUAAUUUUUAAACUCUUAGAAUUUUUCGUCUUAGAAUAAUCUGUUGCAAGGCAAAAGGGUGGUAGGGCUAGAUAAUUGGGGGUUAAGUGACUUUUCCAAGGUCACACAGUUAAGAAGCAUCUGAGGCCACAUUCAAACCCAGUAUCUCUUGUUUCCAUCCACUUGCCCUCACAUAAGAAUUAUUAGUAGUUUGCAUUUAUACAAUGCUGUAAGUUUUACAAAGUACUCUAUGUGGAUCUCUUUCGAUCUCAUUUGACUAAUUCUAAUACCAUACUCUACAAUUAAAGACACCAGAAAGGUUACCAUAAUUUUUAUCUGCAUCAAUUUCUAGCUUUUCCAAACUGGCCUAAUCCCCUAUGCCUUCCCCAUACUCUGUGCCCCAACACGAUUUCAGGAACCUGUGAAUGUAUCAAUCAACAAACUAUGAGGCACAGCAGGUAGUGUUAGACCUAGAAUCAGGAAGACCAGAGCUUAAAUCCAGCUGUGAGCAUUUCUGAUAGAGCCAUGGCAAGUCAUCUUAACCUCCAUACUCUGCCUCCAUACUCCAGAGUCCCAAAGGAAGAUGAUGAGGGGCCAGCUAGGUGGCUCAGUAGAUUGAGAGCCAGGCCUAGGGUUGAGAGGUCCUCAAUCAUUUUUUAGCUGUGUGACCCUGGGCAAGUCACUUAACUCCCACUGUCUAACCCUUACUUCUCUUCUGACUUGGAACCAAUACUCGGCAUUGACUCGUAAGGUAAGGGUUUAAAAAAAUGAAUAGGUAAGUAAUAUAAAAUAGCACCUACCUGCCAAGGGUGUUGUGAAGAUCAAAUCAGACAAUGUUUGUGAGAUAAUUUGCAAAGCUUAAGGCUUUACAUCAAUGUUAUUAUGUUUAAUAAUUCCCCCAGAAAGAAGUCAAACUCUGGAACGUAAGAUAGGAUGACCUGACUGUAACCUUAUCGACUCUCCACAAAGCACUGCCAUUGCCUCUAUGAGUAUCGAAUGCCGUAAACUCCAUGCAGAAGGAACCAUUUUUUGUGAGCCACUAGCAUUCAUUCUUUGCUCCUGGAGUAAGAGGCCUUCAGGAAUGAAAACUUGAGUUCUGUUACUGAGGAAGACAGGACUUUCUUUUAAAUCAAGGGUUCUUAAGCUCUUUUGUGUCUUGGGCCCUUUUCAGAAUGUUUUGUCAUGCAUAAACUACAUAAAGGAUUACAAAGGAAACUGGUUAUAGUGAAAGUUAUCAAAAUACUUUGUUUUUAAAUUCACAAACUCUAGGUUAAGUAUUCCUGUAAAACCUGAAGUUUGAAAGCUAUUUUGGGUAAAAUUAUUAACUUUUCAAAUAGUACUGAAAACUUUUAAUAUGUUACAAAGAAAUAAACUUGAAAAGCAAGCCAA